AUGCCAAGUACGCUUCUAUUCGCAAAUAGCAAUGAAGGCCGCGUCUAUGCACUCUCCACUUCCGGGUCGGCCUGGCGCGAGUUCCUCUACCUGGGGCUGGAGUUUAAGAAGAUCUGCGUAGUACCACACUUUAUGUGGGCUAUUGGAGGCGACCGGCAGGUGUACGUGCACGUUCACGGGCUCGAUGUGCCGAUACGCAUCAAGGAGGAAGCGUACGAAAAUGAGCGCUGGCUGCCGAUAGAAGGGUUUUCCAACCGAUUGCUUCCCACCGAUCGGUACCAUUUUUCCAAUGCUGACGGAACUGUUGAUCGUAACAUCGAUAAGGUGCGUCUUCCCUCGAUGGCCUGGCAGUGGGAAGGUGAAUGGCAGCUUGAUCUUACCUUAGAUGGGCAACCCUUAGAUCAUGACGGUUGGACGUACGCGGUGGAUUUCCCUGCCACAUACCACCCGCAGAAGAACUGGAAAUCGUGCGUCCGACGCAGAAAAUGGGUGCGUUUUAGGCGUUACUGUGCCCUCAACUCUUGGUGCGCGGUAGCACCAUUGCACAAGGAUCCCACACAGGAACCGUUCAUCGACGUGUCGAUCGGUGGUGCUAGUGUGCCCGGAGCAUCGCCGGGUCUGUUGCUUGUGUGGGCCGUUACAGCACACGGUCGGGUAAUGUUCCGGUCGGGCGUUAGUACAACCGCACCGGAAGGAUUACGCUGGACGGCCGUUACAACGCCGUCCGGUUGUGAGGUGUCACAGAUAUCCGUCGGCGCAACGGGUCUCGUAUGGGCCGUGCUGUACAAUGGCCGGGCGAUUGUACGUGCCGGUAUAACGCGUGAUACCCUCACCGGAAGCACAUGGUUGGAGGUGAAACCACCGGGAACGAACCUCAAAAUCUCUCAAGUCGCUGUCGGCACCAACUCCGUGUGGUGCGUUACGAACGACAAUCACGUGUGGUUCCGCCGUGGUGUACACGGGGAAGCGUCCGGUGUAAGCGAGGAUGCCGCCAUCGGAACCGGUUGGGUGGAGAUGGUUGGCAACAUUUCGUACAUUUCCGUGGCAGCUAACGAUCAGGUGUUUGCCGUUGGUUCGGAAGAUCGUGCGCUUUACUUCCGGUCGGGUGUUUCUGCGUCCGAUCCUACCGGGAAAAAGUGGCGCCUUAUACAGCUUCCGAUGCAGCUGAGCCGCACUUCGAGUAACUUUUCGUUUUCCAGUCGCCAAAGUGGAAACAGUUCACCGACCACGACCAAGCAUCGUAGUUUGAACAGCUUGUACAAGGAACGGCUGCAGCAAGAGACGGGAAAUGCUGGCGCUGGAGUUGGUGGUGGAGGAACGGCCGGCGGAAUCGAGGAAACGUCUCGUUCAGCACCGACCGCGAAUGUUAAAAAUCGUCCCGAGCUGUGGCACAAGCCGGAACUUUCGCCCGAUGCGCUUGCGAGUCAGUUGGAAGCGAAGCAACAGCAGCACGUGGGAAGUCUUGUGGAGAGUAAACUCACCCAGAAGGUGUCAUUGGAAAGUGUGGCCGGCACUAGCGUACCCGUCAGCAACGACGUGUUCGAGAUCUCGGGCAAGCAGCUGAAGAACUCUCGUGCCUGGAGCCCGGUACGAUCAGUUGGAUCUGUCGUCGGUACCGAGGCGCAUCCGGAAACCGAUUCGAGCGUGUUCGAGGGUGAAACUUCACGCGAUUCGGGCGUUUUUGGAGAGUGUGAAGAUCAUGGCGGUUCACAGAAUUGGACCGACUGUGAGGUACAAUGGGUUGGCUGUUCGGCCGGGGCAGCUACAGUCGAUCCGGCCAUGCUACCGAACUGGUUCAACGAUAGUUACUCGGUGAACGCAUCGGAAGAGCUGAACCAAUCGUGGCGUUUACGACUGUUGGACGAUCUGAAGAAACGGCUACCAGCGUCCGAAAUGGAGAGCGGUGCCUUUGCACACUAUGAAAAAGCGAUCGAAAUGAGUUCGUGGGUGAAAUCGGGUGAAGCUCGCUGUGCUAAAUCGGGCCACCCGUUCGAGGACUGUCUGAUCGAGCUGGAAUGGGUGAACAAUCAGGGAACGGGUCCCGAUUCCGGUACGCUAACCGUGCUCAACUCGGACGGUAUCACGACGAAGAUGCAGUUUUCGUUGUCGGAGAUUACGUGCAUCAUGUGCUGCAGUGAGCCCGGUUCACCGCGGCUUGCCAUCCACGCGCCACGUUUGCCACCGGGAUCAUCGCCGUUGAAGCUACAGUUUAGUGGCGAUACGGAUUUGGAAGAUUGGAUCUCCCAUCUUACGUCGGUCUGCUGUCAGAUAAAUGAGGUACAGGGCCGACCGUCGGUACGUUCGGUGUGGAUAACGUCCGGGAUGGGCGAUGUGUUUGUGUUCGAUCCAAUCAACCUGGAGUCACAGCAGUGGGAACAGGACGCCAAAAGCUACCGCCAAUGGAUUGAUCUGAAAGCGAUCGAAACACCGUACUUGACAGCGCUUCACAAUGGGAUGCUUAUCGGUUCGCGGUUAGAAAUUAGCGGCUUCAUUUACGACGACGCCGAUCAGGUGCGGUUCGAUCUGCAGGGUCAUCCGACAGUACGUUUGCGCCACAAGCUGGAAACGCAACGCAACAUUCCGUUGCACAUAAAUCCCAGGUUUAACGAGAACCUGACGGUGUUUAAUUCGAUGGCCGCGUCCGCCUGGAGCGAGGAUGAAAUUCGCGAUCGGUUAGUAACGUUUGCACCGGGAGCUGAGUUUAGGCUGGAGAUCUACAGCGAUACGGAUGGUUUUCGGGUGAAGGUGAAUGGAAAGGAACAUCCCAAGUUUCACUAUCGUAGCGGACUCGCUCCGGACACUGUUUGCAGCCUGUACAGCAGUGGCCGGGUGAAGAUAUUGCAAAUUGUGUACGAUAGUCCGAAAAUAAUUAUACCACUGAGGGACGUGUACUGGCGUCAGAUCGGAGGCCAUAUGAAGCGUGUCAUAUCGUGCAAGGCUGGUGUCGUGUGGGGCGUUGGGUAUGACAAUACUGCCUGGGUGUACACGGGCGGUUGGGGUGGAGCCUUUUUGAAGGGCCUGGAGACGAGCAGCCAAGGAAUCAACGUUAUGACGGAUACGCAAAAUUAUUACAUCUACGAAAACCAACGGUGGAAUCCGUUGUCUGGCUUUUCGUCCACCGGGUUGCCAACGGACCGACAUAUGUGGAGCGAUAUUACGGGCAAGCACAAACGGAGCAAGGAGCACGCCAAGCUGCUAUCGAUGCAUUGGCAGUGGAUUAGCGAUUGGAUGGUGGAUUUCCACAAUCCGGGCGGUGUCGAUCGGGACGGCUGGCAGUAUGCGGUCGAUUUUCCCGCCUCGUACCACGCGAAGAAACAGUUCACGGAUUACGUUCGGCGACGGCGCUGGUAUCGCAAGUGUCGGCUAACGACCAGUGGCCCUUGGCAGGAGAUUGGCAAUACGAAGGUGGUGGACGUAGCGCUGCAACCGGACAGCGAUGAAGCGGAUUGCACAAUCACGGUGUGGGCGAUUGCAGCGAACGGUGAUGUGCUAUACCGGCGCGGUGUAUCACAAUCUCAACCGGCAGGCACCGGUUGGGAACACGUACCAUGCGAUCAACCGCUAACCAGUAUUAGUAUUUACGACAACAAGGUUUGGACCGUAGGUAAAAAUGGCAGUGCAUUCCUGCGAUGCGGUAUUACGGUGGAAAACCCAGUCGGCAACAAGUGGCAACUGAUUGAGCCACCGGGAGGCGUUAGUUUUAAGCAGAUAUCGGUGGGAACGUGUGGCAUCUGGGCACUCGACACGGUUGGACGUCUGUCGGUGCGGAAGGAAAUCAACGGCACAUUCCCGGAGGGAAGCCAUUGGCAACUGUUGCCAAACGUUUUGAAUGAUCCUCCGCACUACGAGGGAAAUAGCGGAUUUAAAAAUGUGUCCGUCGGUGAGCACGUGUUUGCCGUGUCUCAAUCUGGCUACGUGUGUAAACGUAGCGGCAUUACACCAUUGAAUCCCGCCGGCACUGGUUGGAUACUGGGAAUUCAGGCAAACUGGAGUUCCGUUAAUGUGACUGGAUUUUACGAUUGA